AUGUCUUUAAAAAUUAGGGCAAAGACGAAGCAAUCGUUGUCUCUGAUUACGUUACUUCCCGAAGACGUCAUCAUUGACAUCUUAGGGCGUAUACCUAGAUGCGACUAUCCAACACUCUCCCUUGUUUCAAAACACUUCCGAUCACUCGUUGCAUCCCGUGAGCUAUACGCAAGACGAUCCUUGUUGGGUUGCACCGAACACUGUCUAUAUGUUGUCCUCUAUAACAACGAAAUUGGUGAAGGCCAAUGGUAUAUUCUCCGCCGGAAAGCCAACAGCAAUCGCCGCUUGGUCUUUAUCCCUUUGCUUCCCGUUAUGCCUUACGGUGGAAGCUUUGUCGCUGUGGGUUCGAGGAUACAUGUGUUUGGUGGGUUUAACUCAAAGGAUAUUGCGUUAAGCAUCGACUGCAGAUCGCACACGGUGCAAACUCUCCCCAGCAUGCUUGUGGCCAUGUCUGAUACAAUCGCUAACAUCAUCGACGGGAGAAUCUGCGUAGUUGGAAAUUAUGAAUGGAAGAAGAUGAUGUUGGUGUUCAAUACAGAAACACAAAUCUGGGAGUCUGAGUUAAUAAACCUAGAGAUUGAGCUAGGUUACAUUCGGUCUCGUUCUGUGGUGAUGGCUGACAAGAUAUACACGAGGGAUUAUGAUUACAGCUUUGUUUACGACCCAAAGAAGAGCAAAUGGGAAAGGGACGAGAUGUUGAAUUCUAAGAAGUGGAAGUAUGCGUGUGUAGUUGAUGACGUAUUGUACUACCACGAUUGGCACGAGAACGAGAUAAGAGCUUAUGAUCCAAAGCAAAAGUGUUGGAGUGUGGUGAAAGGUUUGGAAGAGUUGUUGUGUAACAUCCCGAUUUCCGGGGACAGUAGACAAGUCUUACGAGCCUUCCAGACUAACGACUCCCGACUGUCGGACAGUGGUGGGUCCACGUGCCUAGAGAGGGCGUUGGGUUCACUGGGAGGGGCGACUGUGAGAUACGGUGGAAAACUGGUUUUGUUUUUCAAUAAAGUUGAAGAAAAAACAUAUGAGAUUUGGUGUGCGGAGAUUUCGCUGGAAGGACGUCAAGGACUAAAGAUUUGGGGUCAAAUUCAGUGGUGUGAUCAAGUUUUUACUCCUCGUAGCUGUAAUGGUUUGAUGCAUGAACUCUUUCCUCCUUAA